ACGCGAAAUUUCAGCUGUUUCUAUGCAAAACAAAACCGGUGACGACGCGACACGUGUGACAUGUGUAAUUCUAUUAGAUGUAUGCGAUCUGCAUCAAAAUUCCAUCCAACCGCGCUGUUUUAAAUGUUCUUCUUGUCACGUUGUUGUGGGAAAAAUGUUGCCCGAAAAUGAAGAUAAAAUAAAAAGAUUCUGCAACGUGCUUUCCCAAGAAUCUAGAGAACUUUACUUGACCAAAAAGGUAUCCGAGGUCGAAAGGUCGAUUUCUCCACUCAUUUUCCAUCGAGAGUAUGUAUCCAAGAACUUACCACUGCUUAUAAGAGGCGGAGUUAGCCAGUGGCCAGCGAUUGGUAAAUGGAAUAUACCAUACUUCCGCGAGAUACUUGGUGACAAAAUUGUAUCGGUUGCUGUAACACCGAACGGAUAUGCUGAUGCAAUUGCAGUAAAAGAGUCGGAAGAUGGAACUGGAAAAAAAGAGUAUUUUGUCAUGCCGGAGGAGCGGCUCGUCCCAAUGUCCACGUUCUUGGAUGCAUUGGAAAGUCCAACUCAGGGAAAUGUCUAUUAUAUCCAAAAACAAAACUCUAACUUCAACGAAGAUUUCCCUGAAUUGUGGUCGGAUGCUGGAACUGACAUUUCAUGGGCUACUGAGACUUUCGGAAAAAAUCCAGAUGCCGUUAAUUUUUGGAUGGGCGAUCAGAGAGCUGUUACAUCAAAUUUACCAUGGAUUCCUUACAAGAAUUAUCCACCCGCAAAUUACCGUGAAAUAAAACCAGGGGAAUGGUUGAUUGACCCAAUCAUUACAGAGUCAACAAUAGAUGAAUUCUUGGAGGAAAGAAAUGAUUUUCAGUUGGAUUUUAACGCUAUACCCUGGAUAUCGAUUGAUCCUUUAAACCCAGAUUACAUGAGAUAUCCAGCUUAUAAGAAUGCAAAUACACUCAGAGUAACAGUGUGUGAAGGUGACGUUUUAUAUUUGCCUUCGCUGUGGUUUCACCAUGUCACACAGUCACAUGCAUGUAUUGCAGUGAAUUACUGGAUGGGUCUUGCCGUAUUUUCACGAAACAAUCCGUAUAUUAAUGAAAAGAUAAAUCUUCAAGAUCGCGCCUUAUUCUAUGCUACCCACCGUACGUCUGGAACAUCGCGAUGACAGCACCACGGGAAAAGUGAAGUGCAAGGUUUCAAGGCCACGUCGACCAUUUCGUUGACCACGACCAUGUGAUGAUUUGCACACUUUAAAACAAAUCCGCCACUUGACCUCGAACGCAAUUGGUUGAAAAUCCAAGAUGGCCUUCACACGGAUUAGGCACGCGAUUGGUUCUUUGAGUUGGGUGCAUAGAUAUGGGCGCGUUCCGAAACUAGUUGCUAAGAACUCUGGAAGACAGAGAC